CAAAGGAAUUCGACGCUACUUGCAGCCCCCCCUGACACUUAUUGGGGCCAAUUCGAGGAGAUCUCGAAAUACAACACCCAUCUGAAUCUGAUCGAGAGACUAUGGACAACAUGGUAUGCGUGGAUGCAGAAUGAUGUGCUCGCUACAGGCAUUAUGUCAUUUUUGAUGCACGAAAUCGUCUAUUUCGGGCGCUCUUUGCCUUGGAUUUUCAUUGACAGUUUGGGGUUGCUCAAAAACUACAAAAUUCAAGAUAACAAAAUACCCUCAUUACAGGAGCAAUGGAAUUGUGCCAGAUUCGUGCUUCUUAGCCACUUCACUGUUGAAUUGCCUCAGAUUUGGUGA